AUGGGCGCCAUUGACGUGCUGAAGAAAUGGGACUUUUACAAAAAGAUCCCCGAGGACCUGACUGUGAGCACGCUGCCGGGCGUGAGUCUGUCGAUAUUCGGCUGCCUCGUCAUGUUCGUGCUCUUCAUCCUCGAGUUCAACAGCUACCUGACGGUCGACUACAAGUACGACAUUGUCAUGGACGAAGAACUGGACCAGACGAUGCGCAUCAACUUCAAUAUUACGGUCCCGGACUUGCCGUGCGAGUUCGCGAGCGUCGACGUGUCGGACAUGACGGGCACGCGCAAGCACAACAUGACGUCGAACAUCUACAAGAUCCGUCUGGACCAGAAGGGCCGCGGCGUCGGACUUGCACGGGAUAAGCAGGUCAUGCCGCUGUUUACCAAUGACGACGAGUACGGCGACUUGCCCGAGUCGGACGCGGUAGUGACGGAGCUUACCGAGGAGACGUUUGAGCCGUUCCUGAACGAACAUCACUACGUGGCCGUUGACUUUUUCGCGCCGUGGUGUGUCUGGUGCAAAAGACUCGAGCCAGUGUGGCUGCGCGUGGCCAAGACGCUGCCGUCGCUGCACUAUGGACAGCAGCUACGGGUAGCGUCGGUGGACUGCCAGGCGCAUCCAGAGCUCUGCAUGAAGCACUACAUCCGCGCGUACCCGAGCAUUCUGUUUUACAAGGACGGCGACACCUCGCCGGUCGAGAUGUACUUUGGCGACCGGACGCUCGAUGCGUUUGUGGACAAGUUUAAACAGCUGAUGGCUGGCGAAGUCGACCACGUGGAAGCGCGGAAGAAGAAGUAUCAUGAAGAGGACAAGAAGAAGGCGCACGAGCAAGGCCUGGCGAUCGCUCGCUCCGCCGUUGGCCCCGAAGGAUGUCGUCUGUUUGGCCACUUGAACGUCAAGCGCGUGCCCGGCAACUUCCACGUGCACUUGUCGAAUCCGGCCUACUCGAUGGACUCGUCGCUCGUGAAUGCGUCGCACACGGUGGGCGGGCUGUGGUUUGGCGAAGACCUGGCGGCCCGCGACAUGGCCAAGUUGCCCGCGAUGGCGCAGGCGCAGCUGUACACGCACCGGUUGGACAACAUGGACUUCACGUCGUUCAACAGGAACCACACGUACGUGCACUACAUCAAAGUGGUCACGAAUGCGUACGUGCAGAGCAAUGGCUCGGCGAUCAACGUGUACAAGUACACGGCGCACUCGAACGAGUACGUGGAGACGGAGGACCUGCCGUCCAUCAUGUUCCGCUACGACCUCUCGCCCAUGUCGGUGCGCAUCUCGGAGGACACUGUGCCGCUGUACCACUUCCUCACGUCCAUGUGCGCGAUCAUCGGCGGCGUGUUCACAGUCAUUGGGAUCGUGGACCAACUCAUCCACCAGACGUCACGCGCGCUGAACAAGAAAGUGCUGUAA